GGAGAGAACCAGAGAAAACAAUGUCAGAAUGUUUUCUACGUUCAUAGAAUCCGAGGAAGCCACCGAAUGAACGUAGUAAACAAAGAAACAUGUCACCACGUUACAGCAUACACCAUUCCCAUGCUGGUUUUUCUGUGAAUUAUUGCUUGCCACAUAACAUCAGUGAAAGUUAAUAUUUUUUGUCUUGUGUUCUAUUUUUUAAUCACGAAUCAUAUUAUUAUUUUUCACGAUUAUGUUUACUAUGAAAAUAAGGUACAGAAUAUUUUUUUUUUCAAAUCAAAGAAUGAUAAAUAAGCUUUGUGUUGAUUUUAGUUCUGCUACACAAUAAACAAAUAUCUCACGUAUAGUGGUGAAAAAUAGAAGUGAAAAUCGCACAUGUUUUUCAGAUUUUUUGUUUUGUGCAACAGCUUUCAGAUAUUUUAGGAAGUAGAUAACUACAGUUUAACUGAAGUUUUGAAAUUAUUUUUCUUCUAAAUACUUCUUGUUCCUAUAUUCACUUCAUAUGUUUUCUUUAUUCCCCCAACAUCCAUUGUUUUCUCUCUACUUUCCCCCUGUUCUUGGGUCCAUUGGUUACUACAUUUGAAACAUUAUACUUUAUUACAUGUUUUCCUGAUACAGGAACGUGGGAUUUUGAUAAUAAUAGCGACAUGACGUUGAGGAAGAAGGGAUUAGGUGCCGUGAAAUCAUCAUCAAACACAAAUCGAAAAGUAGUUGGUGAUGGAGGAUUAGGGUUAGGGUUAGACUGUGAUAAGUAUAAGAAAGGAUUUGGGAGGAAGAGGGUUUUGAUUCCCAUUGGCAAGAACCGAGAGCUUGAAGCUCUUCCUCAAGACAUCCUGAUAAGAGUUAUAUGUGGAGUGGAGCAUGGAGAUUUAAAGCAGUUGUUUAAUGUGUCAAAGACUAUACGUGAAGCUACAUUGAUUGCGAAGAAAUCCCAUUUUGAAUACAUAACACCAAGGAAAACUCUGUUUUUCCGGGACGAGCUUGAUCAUUUGGGAGAUGAGACCGAAGUUCCAUUGAAGAAAAAAUGCCGCCUUUCCAGGAUAUCCUGCGAAAAGAAAGCUUCUAAAAUCUCAGUAGCUCUUUUCAAAUGAAUAUCUGACCACUUGGAUUUGAGGAUCAGGUCUUUUCCCCUUUCUUGUUGUGGGAAACCUAAUGAAAAUAUUGGACACCACGUGCAAUCACACGAUCCAGUUUCUUCCAGAGCUUUAGUUGAAGAACUGGUUGAAGUUAAACUUCUUUAGUUUUCUUCUUAGGAGCUUUGUUUGGUCGGUCUGUAAAUUGUUGUUAGAUAGAGAGAUGAUAGUCUUUUGAAAUGCUUGCUUGGCACAUAAAGUGCAAUUUUUGUUCUACUAACCAAUUUUUGAAACCUAAUUGUUUGUUCUACUAACCAGUUUUCGUAGAAGAUGAAAUCUAUUUUUUGUACAACAUAAUUUAAAAUUUUAAUUUAUCAAAAUUUUCAACCCAAAAAAAUAUCAAUUUGUAUAUAUGGAUAUUUCAUUAGCU